AUGACCUCUACUUUCGAUGUUUUGGCUGCUCGCACUCGCUUCCCUGCGCUGCAGCAGGAGCAAGUGUAUAUGGACAACGCUGGCGGAAGCCAGGUUCUCGAUACUGUAGCAGAAUCCAUCCGUUCUUACCUGCUGAACACAAAUGUUCAGCUCGGAGCCACCUAUCAAGUCUCACAGAUUUCGACUAAUGCAUAUGAUAACGCAUACAAAGUGGCUGCUGGUUUCACCAACGCCGCGCCCGAGGAGAUCAGCAUUGGCAUUUCAACCACCCAGCUACUACACAAUCUCUCCACGGCGCUUAUGUUCCAACCUGGUGAUGAACUGGUCCUAUCCAAGCUUAACCACGAGGCCAAUACGUCCCCAUGGGUCCAUAUAGCAGAGAGGUUGGGUUUGACCGUAAAAUGGUGGACUGCUUCCGACCCGAAGAAUCCAGUGUGCGAUUCAACCGAGUUGAAGUCCCUGCUCUCCGAUAAGACCAGACUCGUAGCAUGUCCUCAUGCUUCCAAUAUCACCGGCACUAUCAGCCCUAUCCGAGAGAUUGCAGAUGUUGUUCAUGUUCAUCCCCGUGCAUUCUCCUGGUAUAAAGUAUAUGGACCACACUUGGCGCAGCUUUAUGCCUCAUCACGGGUUCACGAUCAGAUCCAGUCACUGGGCCAUUUCUUUAAGCGCACAGAUACGCUAGACUUGAAGCUCAAUCUAGCAUCGGCUAAUUAUGAGCUUACACAGAGUAUUCCCCAGGUUGUGGAGUACUUUGGCUCUGAGCCUAGCGCGACCUGGGCUCAAAUGGCUGAGCACGAGGAGCGGCUGCAACAGAUUCUACUGGAAUUCCUAGCUUCAAAUAGCCGGACUGAUGUUAUCGGUGAGCCAACCGCCAGCAAGGAGCUCCGCGUUCCGGUUAUUAGUUUCAUUGUGCAAGGAGUAGACAGUCAGCGUAUUGUGGAGGAGGUUGAGCGUCGAUCGGCCUUUGGGUUCCGCAGUGGUCAUAUGUACAGCCACCGGCGACUGGCCGACGUGUGCGGAUUGGACGAUGUGGAGGACGGGGUGGUGCGGGUCAGCUUCCUGCACUAUAACACCGUGACCGAAGUACGGGGGCUGGUAGAAGUUUUGCGAGAGGUACUUUCAUCCUCGUUGUAG